CUCGUGCGUCGUCGGCUCGUCCGCCACCAGAGACCGACGUGCCGAUACGCGCGCUCUCGUGGGCGUACUCGUGUUCGCGUUCCUUUCGAUUUUCACGCGUUCCCGUUCUUAUAAAGCUCUUUAAAAAAUGCCGAACCUGCUAAGGAAGGAGAAGGUGCGUCUGUCACGGUAGUUCUCUCGUGUCGCGCGGUGGUGUCUUUAGAACGUUACCACCAAAGUUUUUCUUCGCACGCGAUCGGUCUGUCCUACGGAUCAGUCUGUCUUUAUUCAUCCCCUCUCUAUCUAUCUAUUGCUGUGUGUGUCUCUUUCUCUCUUUUUCUUUCUUUCUCUCUCUCUCUCUCUCUCUCUCUCUAUAUAUAUAUAUAUAUAUAUAUAUAUAUCUGUAUCUAUCUUUCUCUUUCUCUCUCUCUCUCUUUUUCUUGGUGCUGCGCGACGCGAAUGGUGUUUCUCCACGGCAGAGAGAAAGAGCGAAGAAGGAAGGAGCAAAAGGAAGAAGGGAGCUAGCGUGUGCGCGCGCGAGAGAGAGAGAGAGAGAGAAAGAGAGAGAGAUUGAGUGAGUGAGUGAGUGAGUGAGUGAGUGAGUGCACCGGGGGAACAACCCCGGCGGCCUUAGCUACUCAAGGGUGUAGUAGCAUGGUGAAGACCGCCGUCUUGCUCGUUUCUUGACCCGACCGUCCGUAUACAUCGCAAAAUCGGCUCUUCAACUAUCUGUCCGUUGCGAAAAAGAAAGAAAGAAAGAGAGAGAGAGAGAGAGAGAGAGAGAGAGAGAGAGAAAGAAGGUUCGCUCCGCUCUAGUAAGAGUCCCCCGUCGACUCGUACGGAAUCGAAUCCAUCGUCGGCCUAUUAAAAGCGGUCGUGUGAGUUUCGACUACUCUCUCGCGUGUCUCGGGCCCCGUCGCACACGAUACAAUAAUGGAAACGUCGUCGAAGACCAGCAAGGACAAGGGAAAGAACGGCAACAAGGAUGUCGAGGCCGGCGACGAGGAAGUAAUUCAUCUUGGAGGAGCGGAAAUAUGAGUGUCAUGGCGGAUAGUACGUGACCAUUUCUUCUCGCAGAGCAUGCAACGUUUCGAUAACGAAGAGACACGAUGAUCAUCCUCGUUCGAUGAUUUUUUACUACAGCAGCAUCCUGGAAUAAAGUCUAUCUUUUCCUUAAUCGUGUAAAAUGCAAGCGUUUAGCAGACUCGCCUCUGGAAAUGUGUUCAAGAAGAAGGCAGGUUUCGUAUUGAGAAUGUUUCUACGAACAAAGUGUCAGGAGGUCCUCCACAUGGCAAUGCCUCACCUCCACCGACACUCAUCAACAAAGUCAAGUAUCAACCUGGUGGGCCUGUAAUCAAAAAGGAUAAAAGACAAAGCAGCUCGAGAUUCAACAUAUCAAAGAACCGAGAACUUCAAAAGCUACCGCUCUUGGCAGAGACUCAACAAGGCAAUGAAAGGGAAGAACUUUUCAUACAAAAGUUACGUCAGUGCUGCGUACUCUUUGAUUUUGAGUCUGAUCCAUUAUCGGACUUAAAAUGGAAGGAGGUAAAGCGUACGGCUCUUCAUGAAAUGGUCGAAUAUGUAACCAAAAAUAAAAAUGUUAUUACCGAAGCUAUCUAUCCGGAAGCAGUGAAUAUGUUUGCUGUGAAUUUGUUUCGAACACUUCCACCAUCUUCUAAUCCAAAUGGUGCUGAAUUUGAUCCGGAAGAAGAUGAGCCUACUCUGGAAGCGGCAUGGCCUCAUUUGCAAUUAGUGUAUGAAUUCUUUCUAAGAUUGUUGGAAUCUCAAGAUUUCCAACCAUCUAUUGCAAGACGUUAUAUAGAUCAAAAGUUUGUCUUACAAUUAUUAGAGUUAUUUGAUUCUGAAGAUCCUCGGGAAAGAGAUUUUCUUAAAACAACUCUUCAUAGAAUCUAUGGAAAGUUUCUCGGUUUAAGAGCAUAUAUCAGGAAGCAAAUAAAUAAUGUUUUUUAUCGAUUUAUAUAUGAAACUGAACACCAUAAUGGUAUCGCCGAACUUCUUGAAAUUUUAGGAAGCAUUAUAAACGGUUUUGCUUUACCAUUGAAAGAGGAACAUAAAGUUUUUCUUUUAAAAGUGCUGUUACCUUUGCACAAAGCUAAAUCGUUGUCAGUUUAUCAUCCACAAUUAGCAUAUUGCGUCGUUCAAUUUUUGGAGAAGGAUCCAUCUUUGACAGAACCGGUUAUUAGAAAUUUAUUGAAGUUUUGGCCAAAAACACACUCUCCCAAGGAAGUCAUGUUUCUUAAUGAAUUGGAAGAAAUUUUAGAUGUAAUAGAACCAGCUGAAUUUCGAAAAGUACUGGAUCCGUUGUUUAGACAAUUAGCAAAAUGCGUUUCGUCUCCACAUUUUCAAGUUGCUGAGAGAGCCCUUUAUUAUUGGAACAAUGAAUACAUAAUGUCAUUAAUAUCAGAAAACUAUUCUGUGAUUUUACCAAUUAUGUAUCCAGCUUUUUAUAGAAAUUCACGAAAUCAUUGGAAUAAAACGAUUCAUGGUUUAAUUUAUAAUGCAUUGAAACUAUUCAUGGAGAUGAAUCAAAAAGUAUUUGAUCAGUGUACUAAUCAGUAUCAUCAGGAUCGUCAAAGAGAACGUAAGCUUAUGAAAGAUAGAGAUGAAGCGUGGAUGCGCGUGGAAGCAUUGGCAAUGAGACAUCCACAUUAUAAUAUGGCAAUUACUAAAAGUACACCGAACAUUCCAUACAGCUUGACGCAACAUUUAGAUAGUCCUCCACCCGAUGAGGAUGGUGACACGGAUCAAACUCCGCUUACUUUAGAAAAGAUUGAAGCUAAAGCAAAUGAGGCGAAAAAAAUAACAAAUGUGAAUACAAUGAAACCACUUCUACGAAGGAAGAGCGAUAUACCACAAGACUCUUACACAAUACGGGCAUUGUCCGAUCACAAGCGAGCUGACGAAUACCUUGUAACACCGCCCGAUCCGAAUAAUUGCUAGUCCUUACCCUAUUCUCUUCCGAUGUAUCCCCUAUUUUGUUGUAGUAAAAUCACAAGUUAGCUCUUUUCCGGGAGAUGGAAAAAACGGCGAUAACAUAACCUUGGCAGUUAAAUCUGCCUUAGAGAGCCUUAUUGUGCGGAAUCAAUAACAUUUAAUGUAUAUUAGAAUUUUGUUUGCUCGUGUUAGAGAAAGUAUCUUCCUCUUGUUACACCUUUAGAUUAUGAGAACAUGGAGAAUCGCAUGAGAGUAAUAAUGUCCAUUUGAUGCAUGUAGAUCACUUAUUUCCUUUCUCAAUUACAGACCAUGCUAAUUUAAGAAGUUGUUAAAAAGAACAAAAGGAAAAAAAAAAAAGAAAAGAAAUAUUAAAAAUGUGUAUUGUUCGAGGUAAAAAUACGGUAAACAAAGGGCUCUAAAUUCAUUAGUUAUGAAAUAUUUAGCACAAAGGCAUUUAAAAUGCUAGUUAUGCUCUAUAUAUAUAUAUAUAUAGUUGCUAUAUAUAUAUAUAAAAUAUACAUACACAUACACACAUACACAUAAAAGAUAUAUAUAUAUAUAUAGUAUCAUUGGUAUAAAUGACAUUAUUAAUGCUGUGGUUUUCAUGAACUUGGUAUAUUCUAGGAAAGAUUUUAUACAAACGAGGAUACGGAAGACGGAAGGAGCAGUAUCAUCGAUAACGUUUUACUCUGUGUUAUCAUUAAAUUAUACUAAGCGAAGCGAGCUUGUUGUGUUAAUAACUAUGAUAAAUGAAGUUUUACGUUUACGUGUACAUGGUGUAAAAUAAUUUAUAUUCUCGCUUUAACACUUCCGGCUCAUAUUAGAGCAGAAAAAAACGCCAGACAUUAUUACAUUAGGGUGUAUACGACAGUGCUAUUUUAGGAUAUCGAACACUAUAAAUCCGAAUAACUUCUACGUGUAAUACUACCACUACUAUUACUAUUACUACUACUACUACUACUACUAUUAAUACUAUAACUACUAUUCUAUUACCGCUAUUAUUACUAUCAUUACUAUUACUAUUACUAUUACGAUUACGACUACUUUUGUAUCUGUUGUGCCUAGAUGCCUGUGGAAUAAAUUCACAGAAAAAUGCCUCUGCUAAGAAUGAUUGUUGUAAGAAACAUUAUAAGAGCCAUGCGGCGAGUUACAUUUGCUUUGUGCUAAUAUCAUUAAUCGAUAACCACAGAAUUUUCGGAUAUAGCUUCUGUAAUAUCGCGUUUGUAAACUCGUCGCACUUAUGAUUGUUAGAUGAGAAAAAAAAAACAAAAAAAAAAAAAAAGAAAAAAACAAAAAAAAAAAGAAACAAAAAAGAAGAUAGGAAGAAAAAAAAUGCAGAGGUUUAUUACGGCUACAAAAAAUAAUGAAAUCUACCGAGAGAGAAAUAGAAAGAGCAGGAAUGAAGGGAAUGAAAAAUAGAGAAAGAAAAUUAUAAAAUAAGAUACAUUUAGAACUUCGCGCUGCUGGCAGGCUGUUACGUUUAAUAUUAUUGAUAAAUACGUUGUUGAACAUAUAUAAGCGCUCGCGCUAAAAUAUUAGGAAGUUGAUGCUAAAAAAAAAAAAAGAACAAAAAACAAAAAAUGCUUUAAGUCCAUUGUUUCACUAUUACUUUUUCUUUUUUUUUUCUUUUUUUUUUUUUUUUUUUUUUUGAGGAAUGGCCACUUUGUCUAAUGUUUAUCGAUGAUACGAUAAUUAUUACUAUUAAUAUUAUUAUUAUUAAUAUUAUUAUUAUUAUUAUUAUUAUUAUUAUUAUUAUUAUUAUUAUUAUUAUUAUUAUUAUUAUUACUAUUAUUACUAUUAUUAUUAUUAUUAUCCUCAUUAUUAAAGCUUAUUGUUAUAUUAUUUUUAGUAUAAACGAUAAGACGUAGCAUGGUGUUAGUGCCCAUAUUGACGCCACCCGGCAUGCCUAAAGAAUUUAUUUGUCUUUUAAUAAUUACGUGGUUUCAGUGUGGACAUACAUACAUAUAUGUAUAUAUAUAUAUAUAUAUAUAUAUAUAUAUACAUAUAUACAUACAUACAUAUAUGUAUAUAUGUAUAUAUACAAUUAAAAAGAAACUGUUGAAAGUAUUUCAUCUAUAUGUUGUGUGUCAAUUCGACACAUUCAAUAUCUCAUUAUACCGAAGAAAACAUCGAAGAAUAUCAUUAUACGAUAGCGAAUACGAAUGUAUACGUUAUCUAAAAACUGAUAUCAUUUACGUAGAUAAUUAGAAAAUUUUAUGAAAAUACACACACACACAUGAGCGCUGCCGGACGUUUCUCAUCUAAAUAGCAUAUAUCAAUGUGUUGCACCAUAUCGCGGGAUUUUUUUUUUUUUUUUUUUUUUUUUUUUUCAUACGUAUCGACUAAUAAUUAUUACUAAAAGAGAUUUGUUCGCCUCGACGAAUAAUUCUUUUCUUUGUAAAUUAUUUCGAGACAUUUCAAGUUCUCAAUAUGCCUUAUAUGUAUUAUAUUUGUGUAAGAACAGAGUUAAUUAAAGUCUGUAGUUCAUACGUUUGUAAAUAUCAUGUAAAUAAUAUAAUUAUGUUGGAAUGCAGUCUACUGAGUUCCAAAGAUAA